UACCUCUUUUGCACCAUGCUGUGCUUUCUUCCUCAGCACAACCCGCUGGUUGGAGAGCUUUGAUUUGUCUUGGCAGGUCUGAUUGUCUCCUGGCAUGUGCUGUUUGGAUCCAGGAAAUCAGUUGAAGGAACUUGGGUUGGACAGCAGGCAUCAUGGUCAACAUCCCGAAGACGCGCAACACCUACUGCCGAAAGUGCAGGAAGCACACUCCCCACAAGGUGUCGCAGUACAAGACUGGCAAAGCUUCUUUGAGCGCACAGGGAAAGAGACGAUACGACAAGAAGCAGGCUGGCUUUGGAGGUCAGACCAAGCCAGUGUUCCACAAGAAGGCCAAGACCACCAAGAAGAUUGUCCUCAAGUUUGAGUGCACCAAGUGCAAGGCCAAGCGAAUGAAGCCUAUCAAGCGCACCAAGCACUUUGAGCUGGGAACUGACUCCAAGAAAGGCAAGAACGAGUAUGGUGGCAAGUACCGAUAGGAGCUUGGUGAACCGACCUGCGCAACCCAGGGCCAAAA